CUUUCUGAUCGACACCAUGGAAUUAGACAUGCUUUCUACGACCUGCCCGAGGAGCUAGGGUGGAAGUGGCGAUGGUGCAUACGACAUUUCAAAAGCAAUUACGGGAAGCACUUUGGUAGAACUUAUGGACAACGUGCAGUUUGGCACGCUGCUAUUGCUUUUCAGACUCGAAAGUUUGUAGACAAAAUGAAGAGCAUAAGGGAGGUCCACUCUGAAGGUGCAGAUUGGCUAGAAACUCAUCCUUAUGAGAGGUGGACGUUACAUCAAGACGAAGGGUAUAGGUAUGGAAUAACAACAACGAACAUGGGUGAGUGCCUCAAUGGUUUGUAUGUUGGUCUUCGUGCAAUGCCUAUCUCAUCUAUAGUCUUGCAUACCUUCUUUCGUACGGUGACAUGGUUCGUUGAACGCUACCAAGCAGCAUAUCAGAUGUUGAAUGCU